AUGUACGGCGGCUUCCAGCAGCAUGUCCCGCCAGGCGGUAUAAUUCCAGGAACCGCGACUGGAGUGAACCCUUAUCCUAAUAAUAAGCAAAACGUCAACUUAGGUUCCUAUCUAAAUAAUACUCCUACUACUACGUCGAAUUUCGCCGCCCCGCCUUCGUUUGCUCCUCAGGCGGCUGCGAAUGCCCCCUAUGUACCCCAUGGGGGAGGUGCGCCACAGUGGAAUGCUGGGGCUCCUCAACAGACCGUUCAAGGCCAAUAUGGUCAAUCUGGCCCCGGGCAUCCUACACAAUCUGGAUUUCAAUCCAACGUGAAUCCGUCUGGCUUUGGAGGCAAUGCGGGGUAUCAACAACCCGCUGGUGGUUUCCUCAAUACUGGCGCAUAUGGCGGCCAACCAGCCCAGCAGCAGCAGCAGCAACAGGUACAGCAGGCUUCACAAGGAGGCGGGUUCUCUUAUCCUGGUCAGAAUUCUGGAGGCUCGCCCUUUGGAGCUACAUACGCUGGUAGCGUUACAGGGCCCCAGUUCCCCCAGCAGGAAGCUUUUAAUCCCAAUCCGAAUAAUCGUCCAGGUUUUGGGCAAUAUCAAUCUCCUCCUCCCUCCGAUGCACACCAACCUCCUGCUGCAUACGGUCAACCAUCUGGAGCGGGGGUCGGUCAGCAACAAAAUGCAUAUGGGCAAGGUGGAUUCAAUGCGCCUGGGUUUAAUCCGAACAACCAGGGCUCGGGAAGCAAUCAGACACCAUAUGGGGGACCUUCGUCCCAGGGAUUUAAUCCGGGACUGAAUCAACAACAGCAGCCAGCUCAGCCGGGGCAUCAAGCAUGGCCUACGAACUACCCUCCUACCAACCAUGCGGAUCAUGCGCAGAGCAUAGCUCAGCAGUGGGCCCAAAACCAUCAACAGGCUCAAACCCAUGGUGUAGAUCCAGGCCAUAAUAAAAGAUACUCGAUAGCUUCUGUAACUGAACCAUAUCAUUCUGCAUACGCGACGGCCACUCCACCCCCUCCAGCAGCCCCCAAACCGGAACGUCCUGCUACUUCCGCAACUUUCUUUGCAGCAACAGCUGGUGCAUUGAAGACUCCGGCCCCAGGCCCUUUGUCGCCGCCUACCUCGCACUCACAGCCCCAAGCAGCUACAAAUGUACCUAAAAAGCCAACAACUAGUGCUUCUGGGUUCGCUGGUGGAGGGAUUGGUGAUUGGGAACAUUACGGCGACUUCGAUGGCGAUGAUGAUCACGACGAUGCCACAAAACCAAAUCAACAGCAUGAAGUUGCAGUAGAGGUUCCCGGUGAUAAUCAAGCUGUUGAAAUGGCAGCUGCGACACCACCACCACAGCCACAGACGCAGCAACAGUUUGUUCCCCCCUCUCAAUUACCAGCAGUUCAUAGUUCACCUCAAGCGCAAAGGCCACCAACGGGCGGUGCUGCUCAACAACCUGUGGGACAUCAAAUGAGCCAGCAAGCCCCAGGGACAUGGGGAAUAGAUCGACCUCAGUCAGGUGGGCAGUCUGGCUUACAGUUCCAAAACUUUGCCCCCCCGAAUGUUCUCCCCCAAGUUCAACCGCAGCACCCUUCAAUUCAAAAUCUUCAACAGCCUUACAGGACGUCCUCGCCAUCUCAAGGGGGCCAGCUCGCUGGUGGGUAUAACUCCGGUCAGGCCCAAUACCACCAGCAGCCACACCAACAGCCAGUUAGCGGCCCUGCACAGAUUACCGGUCCAAAUGCCUACAAUGAAAGUUUUAACGCUCCACAAGCCAGUCAAUCAUACCAAUUGACCGAGCAGUUACGAAAGCAGCAAGAGGAGCAAGUUUUGCGACAACAACAGGAACAACAGCAGCAUAUCCAAGCGCAGGUGCAAGCACAGAUUCAGCAGCAGCAGCAGCAAGCGGUAGCUCAGCAGCAAGGAUACCCUCAGAAUCAAUCCCCAAAUCAAGGUAUGCACCAGUACAACCAACCAACCCAGUCUCCGCCAGCUCAAAUCCCACAACAACAUCAGUCCCCGCACGGCGCCGCAUAUCAACCUCCGGGAUUUGUACAACCCUCGGGCGUAUAUGGACACAAUCAGCAAUUGCCACCCCAACAGAGUGGAUUUGUACCACAAGUGUCGAACGCUUUAGACCCUUAUGGGCAACAGCAUGGGCAACAACUGCACGGGCAACAGCUGCAUGGUCAAAGCGGCAUCAUUCAGCCCCCUCUUGAUAACUACGGGCAUAACAGUGUUCCAUUACCUCAGAAGCCUCAUGCAUAUCAAGAAGAGCGUAUUCAGUCACCCCCUAUCAAUCAGCCUGAGCAACCUAUUAUCAGUCACCAGCAUCACCAAUCAUUGGAUGGCUCUAUUGUAUUGCAAAAACCACUUGAGCCAGUUAUUGAGCAAUCCCAAAUGGCCCAGCACCUACCUAUGCAGGAAACAGAACCAGUGGCACCAACGACUAAAGAUGCUUCGACAGAGGCCGCCGCUCCCGGCGAAGGGCUAGAAUCUAUGGAAAUACCAGCGGACCUUGAUCCGUACUAUAAAGAAUCAAUCCGAAAAUUCGUCAGAAUGAUUGUUCGUGAGGCGUCGGCUAAAUCAAGCGUGGAAUCCCUACGGAUUUUUACCGAAUUCAUGGAGGAUGAAACAUAUUCACGAGGAGAUAGGUAUUCUGAUGCAUCCUUCCAAGAUUACAUCUCGGACGUGAGCAAGGGCCAAACUUUCGCAGGUCGUCUCCGCCCAUUCACUACGGAGAGCCCUGAUCCAUACGACGGUCCUCGAAAGACAGUUGGCCCGGUCCAUGAUCCGAAUGUUAGGCGAGAUAAUACAUUUGAUAGCAUUGACUCCCCGUUAACAAACGCUAUCGAGGCGCUUAGGGCAAGCGGUCGAAAGGGCAACCAUUCUCCAUCAUCGGUAGAACAUAGGCUGCCAUACACGAUUGAUGAAGAGGUCCAGCCACUAAAAUCUCAGAAUCAGCAACCUCCAAACGAACUUCGGGGUUCGGCUCAAAAUGCAACAGAACCAUAUUCUAUCCCCGAGGAACCUAUCAAGCCGCUUGUUCACCACAGUGAUACUUGGGGUAGCCAAAUAGAGCCCGCGCCCCUCGCUGUAGAGCUACAAGUUCAAACGCAACCAGUCCUGGUCCAACCCCUAAACCUUAAGCGCCAAUCAAUUAUCGCGAGUCCGCCACAUGUCAAUCCCCAUCAACCUCCUCCUGCGUCUCUUGACCACAGUCCUGAUUCUACUCAACCCAAUGAGGCUUCCCUAGCCCAGCAAGCUGCUGUUCUUGCACAGCAAUGGCGUGACUCUAGAGCCCCCGGGCAACAAAACCAGCCAAAUAAUGGUUCGGCCCCAGGAGGGUUCCAAGUUGCCCAGCACAGACAAUCUAUCCCACCUGGUCAAUUUGAUAUUCAAGGUCUAAAUCAGGGCCAAUCGAUGUAUCAAAACCCGCCACCACAGUAUGAUCAUAUUGUCGAGGCUCCGACAGUUACUCAAAGCCCGUCUCAAUUACGAGGUCCAUACCAGCAGCCGCCACCUAAGACACAGAGUCCAGCGCAAGUUAGAGACCCGUAUCAACAACCACGGCCUCACACACAGAGCCCGGCACAGAUCAGAGAUCCAUAUCAACAGCCGCAACCUUAUAGACAAAGCCCAGCGCAAGUUCGGGACCCAUACCAACAACCAGCAGCUCAUCCAAUUCAGUCAGAACUUCCAGCCCCACUACAAGCCAAGAGUCCCCCUCAAGCAAACCCGUUCCAAAGCCCUCUCGCCCAUACCACAAGCUUCCCCCUAAAUGAUUAUCAAGACCCAAAUAUGCAGCGUGGUACCCCCGGACCCGGACAGCAAAGAUUCAAUCCUCCCACAUCUCCGCCUCGUACUGAACCUAUAAAACAAAUAGAAAUUCCUGAGCCACAGCAAGAACCUCAGAGACGACAAGAUCGACCAAGCAUUUCUGGCACGGAUACUCUGAGCCAAGGCUACGUAAUGGUUACUCCAGAGCCCGAGCCAACUCCAGCUCAGCCAAUUGUAGUCGACAUAAGCUCUCCCAUACAUGUUAAAUCCCUACCCCCAGAGCAAAUCGGCGCCCCGAAGAAACCAAAGAUGGAUGUUGCAGUCUUAUCAACGAUCCUUGGGCAAAAUCGAGACGGCAUACCUGACAAAUCACAAAUCAUUGUUCCUAUCCGCGCCGCUUUCGAAAAAGUCGGAAAGGACUUCGCGCACAUGGAUACCAUGCGCAAAGAGUUCGAAGCCGAAGCAAAGAAGAUCCGACACAAGAACGAGACCGAAAGAGACAGGGCAAAGUCCGAGCAUGACGAAUAUACGGAAGAACUCUACUCACAACAGAAGAUUCUCUAUGAGGACCUGCACGAUAUCGACGAACAGUUUAAUAUCGAGCAGAAUGCCUUGAAGGAAAAGCAAGAAAAGGAGGAGUUUGAUAAAUUCAACAAAGAGGUUUUCACGCCAGUCUACAAUAUGGUUCAGGAGAGGAUAGUAGAAUUGAAGAAACAGCAAAAGUCUCUCCUCACAUUCAUCAAGACCGCAUCAUCCGGAAGGGAGAAACUUGACGCCAAUAGUAGUAAGCCCAAUCUACAAGACUGCUUAGUAGCACUACUCGAUCUACAUGAGGUCUUGGAAGCACAUUACAUGAAACUGCAAGAGGCGAUUGCGGAUCGGGACAAGAGGUACAAGAGCACAGUCCUCACGCCGCUCUAUGCAUCCAGCAACUACGCCAAACUAAGAGAUGCAAAGAAAUACUUCGAUGAAGAGGAAAAGAAAGCUGUAGUAAAAGCCACCACUGAAGCUCACGAACGUGCAAAGGCCUUAAAGGCCGUCAUUGAUGAAAGCAUGAUUCCAGGUCUCGACCUUGAAUUCGGUUUCUUCGAUGAAGUAGAGCAGUGCGUAACAAAGAUCAUCGAGAGCCUGCCAGAAAACCCGGGGGAGUAUGAUGGAGAUCUCAAAGUUUUACACAGUGAACUAGCGUAUGCUAGCGGCAUCUUGGAAACUUUGACAAAUACACAGGCGUCAAUGUUCAAGCUUUACCACCAAGUCAAUACAUCCGUUGGUAAAGCUGACAAGGCGAUAGCUAUGAGUCAGGCAAAACAAAAGGGGGAUAAAUCAGAUGCCAUAACAGCCCUCGAAGCAGAAAAGGAUUCUCAGAUGAAGACGUUAGAUGACGAGCUGAAGGAGAGACUUGAGGAUGUGAAUGGCCACUUUGGGGAGGCGAAGGCAAAGUUAGAGCCGAUUCUUGCGAAAUACAAGGCCGCUGCGGAGGGUAAAUAA